CGUACCCUUUUUCUUCAUUUAUAAACACGUCUAUAAAUAAUGGACCUUAUAAUUUCUUUAGACGAAUAAGAGAGAGUAAGAGAGAGAGAGAGACUAAUCUUCUGUGCAUAAAGUUCUGUGACAUAGUGAGUUGCAGUGGAAAUAAAAAUCUUGGAAAGCUGGCACUAGAUGGUGGAGGCUGUAAAAGCUCGAUCUCUGGAGGAAACUCCAACAUGGGCGGUUGCUGUUGUUUGUUUUGUGAUGGUAUUGAUUUCAAUCAUUAUCGAACACAUCAUUCAUUUAAUUGGAAAGUGGCUGACAAAGAGACGCAAACGAGCUCUUUAUGAGGCACUUGAAAAGAUCAAAUCAGAGCUUAUGUUAUUGGGAUUCAUGUCAUUGCUUCUAACAAUAGGACAAGGACCUAUUUCAGAAAUAUGUGUACCAAAGUCUGUAGGGGCUACCUGGCAUCCGUGUAAGAAGCAAGAGAAGGAUCCGUCAGAGGAUGAAAAUGGGGGAUCUGACAAGUGUGCUAAGAAGGGUAAAGUUUCUCUUGUUUCAGCUGACGGCAUCACGCAACUUCACAUAUUCAUCUUUGUGCUAGCGGCUUUCCACGUACUUUGUUGCAUCAUCACUCUGACCUUAAGCAGAGCAAAGAUGAGGAAAUGGAAGAAAUGGGAAAUAGAGACGACAACAUCUAACUACCAGUUCUCACAUGACCCGGAGAGGUUUAGGUUUGCAAGGGAGACAUCAUUUGGAAGGAGGCAUCUGAACUUCUGGACUCUUUCACCAAUUCUCCUGUGGAUAGUCUGUUUCUUCAGACAAUUUCUCAGAUCAGUUCCAAAGGUGGAUUACCUGACCCUACGCCAUGGCUUUAUCACUGCACAUUUGGCACCUCGGAGUCAAAUUAAGUUCGAUUUCCAGACAUACAUCAAAAGAUCACUUGAGGAGGAUUUCAAAGUUGUGGUUGGAAUCAGCCCAACCAUCUGGUUCUUUGCAAUUCUUUUCCUACUGUUUAAUACAUAUGGCUGGUAUUCUUAUCUAUGGCUCCCUUUCAUCCCGCUGAUUGUUAUCUUAUCGGUGAGUACAAAGCUACAGGUUGUUAUAACCCAGAUGGGUCUGAGGAUUCAAGGCACACAGGUGGUGCAGGGUACCCCAGUGGUCCAACCAGGGGACGAUCUCUUUUGGUUCAACCAUCCACGCCUGCUUCUUUAUCUUAUAAAUUUCGUUCUCUUUCAGAAUGCUUUCCAGUUUGCUUUCUUAGCGUGGACUUGGUAUGAAUUCGGGUUGAAGUCUUGCUUUCACAAGUAUCCAGAAGAUCUAAUUUUGAGGAUCACAAUGUGGGCAAUAAUUCAAUUCUUUUGCAGCUAUGUGACUCUUCCUUUGUAUGCGUUGGUAACUCAGAUGGGUACAACCAUGCGGCCAACGAUUUUCAAUGAGCGACUUGCCAAGGCCCUGAGAAAUUGGCACCACACUGCUAAACAACACGUUAAACAGAAUCGACACUCGGGCACUGUAACACCAGCAACGAGUGCACCAGGCACCCCAUCGCAUACCAUAUCCCCUGUUCAUCCACUGCAUGACUACAGAGGCGAGUCCGGUGGAAUACAAGCAUCACUAAGGUCUUAAUUUGAAACCGGUCGCUGGAGACGGACUGCCUCAAUAUUUUAGGUUCUCACAAACACUUAAAACAUGGUGUAGAAGAAGACACGGAGAAGCUUUGAACUUACCUCCAUUCCCACUCCAAUUAUACAGUCCAACGAUUUUCAGCGUGAUAUUGCCAUGGCAGAUUUCUUCUUUGAUGAUCUAGAAAAUAAAACGUGUUUGGGAAUUAUUAGGGUGAUUUAGUUAACACAGUUGCUGAAUCUGUAGCAGGCAACUCCAUUAGUCUAUUUUUUUUUCUUUUAUGUGAUUGUCAUUUGAGAACGAUGAAAAACAUAAUCGUUAUGUGAAAUGCAACAUCGAUUCCAAG